AAUGGAUACAGACCUCUAUGAUGAAUUUGGGAAUUACAUCGGUCCUGAACUUGAUUCUGAUGACGAUGAUGAUGAAAUGGGCCGGGAUUCAAAGGAUCUCGAUGAGCUUGAUGAUGAUGAUGAUGAUGAUGAGAUGGGGGACCAUGAUGAAGAACACCCUGGGAUGGAUGUGGUGUUGCAUGAGGAUAAGAAAUACUAUCCAACCGCUGAGGAGGUCUAUGGGCCAGAGGUGGAGACCAUAGUGCAGGAAGAAGACACACAGCCUUUGACUGAGCCUAUUAUUAAACCAGUGAAGACCAAGAAAUUCUCCCUUAUGGAGCAGACGUUGCCAAUCACGGUAUAUGAGAUGGACUUCCUAGCUGACUUGAUGGACAACUCGGAAUUGAUCCGGAACGUCACGCUUUGUGGCCACUUGCACCACGGCAAGACUUGCUUUGUGGAUUGCCUGAUUGAGCAGACUCAUCCUGAGAUUAGGAAGCGAUACGACCAGGAUCUUUGCUAUACAGAUAUCCUGUUCACUGAACAAGAGAGGGGAGUUGGGAUCAAGAGCACUCCAGUGACCAUUGUUCUUCCCGACACCAAAGGGAAAUCCUUUCUCUUCAAUGUCAUGGACACACCAGGUCACGUAAACUUCUCUGAUGAAGUCACAGCUGGUCUUCGCAUUUCUGACGGCGUGGUGCUUUUUAUUGAUGCUGCUGAGGGGGUCAUGCUCAACACUGAGAGGCUGAUUAAGCAUGCUGUGCAGGAGAGGUUAGCUGUGACCGUGUGCAUCAACAAGAUUGACCGGCUGAUCCUGGAACUGAAGCUGCCCCCGACUGAUGCCUACUACAAGCUACGGCACAUCGUGGAUGAAGUCAACGGCUUGAUCAGCAUGUAUUCCACAGAUGAGAAUCUGAUUCUUUCUCCACUCUUGGGCAACGUCUGUUUCGCCAGCUCCCAGUACAGCAUCUGCUUCACACUGGGCUCUUUUGCCAAGAUCUACGCUGAUAUGUAUGGAGACAUUAAUUACCAGGAGUUUGCGAAGAGGCUUUGGGGGGACAUCUACUUCAACCCCAAGACGAGGAAGUUCACUAAGAAGGCCCCGACCAGCAGUUCCCAGCGCAGCUUUGUGGAGUUCAUUCUUGAGCCUCUGUACAAGAUCCUGGCUCAGGUGGUUGGGGAUGUGGACACCACCCUUCCCAGGACUCUGGACGAACUGGGGAUCCACCUGACCAAGGAGGAGCUUAAGCUCAACAUCCGCCCUCUCCUGAGGCUCGUCUGCAAGAAGUUUUUCGGAGAGUUCACGGGCUUUGUGGAUAUGUGUGUGCAGCACAUCCCCUCCCCAAAAGCAGGUGCCAAGACCAAAAUCGAACACACCUACACAGGAGGAGUCGACUCUGACCUGGGAGAGGCCAUGAGCGAGUGUGAUCCAGAUGGCCCGCUUAUGUGCCACACCACAAAGAUGUACAGCACAGACGACGGGGUCCAGUUCCAUGCGUUUGGCAGGGUGCUGAGCGGGACCAUCCAUGCAGGGCAGCCCGUCAAAGUCCUUGGAGAAAACUACACCCUGGAAGAUGAAGAGGAUUCACAAAUCUGCACCGUGGGACGCCUUUGGAUCUCAGUGGCAAGGUACCACAUAGAGGUCAACAGAGUCCCGGCUGGCAACUGGGUGCUCAUUGAGGGGGUAGACCAACCAAUUGUGAAGACGGCCACCAUCACCGAACCCAGGGGCAAUGAAGAGGCUCAGAUCUUUCGGCCCUUGAAAUUCAACACCACGUCCGUCAUCAAGAUAGCAGUGGAACCUGUAAAUCCUUCUGAGCUCCCCAAGAUGCUGGACGGCCUGCGGAAAGUCAACAAGAGCUACCCCUCUCUCACCACCAAGGUAGAAGAAUCUGGGGAACAUGUGAUCCUGGGCACAGGCGAGCUCUACCUUGACUGCGUGAUGCAUGACCUUCGCAAAAUGUACUCAGAGAUUGACAUCAAGGUUGCUGAUCCUGUGGUAACUUUCUGCGAGACAGUUGUGGAAACCUCUUCCUUGAAGUGUUUUGCUGAGACACCCAAUAAGAAGAACAAGAUCACGAUGAUUGCUGAGCCUCUGGAAAAGGGUCUGGCAGAGGACAUUGAGAAUGAAGUGGUGCAGAUCACAUGGAACAGGAAGAAGCUGGGUGAGUUUUUCCAGACCAAGUAUGACUGGGAUUUGCUGGCUGCCCGCUCCAUCUGGGCUUUUGGGCCAGACGCUACUGGGCCGAACAUCCUGGUGGAUGACACGCUUCCCUCAGAGGUUGACAAAACCCUGUUGGGCUCUGUGAAAGACAGCAUCGUGCAGGGCUUCCAGUGGGGGACCAGGGAAGGGCCUCUCUGCGAUGAGUUGAUCCGCAACGUCAAGUUCAAGAUCCUGGAUGCGGUGAUUGCCCAGGAGCCCUUACAUCGGGGAGGGGGGCAGAUCAUCCCGACAGCCAGGAGGGUGGUAUAUUCCGCCUUCCUCAUGGCCACGCCGCGGUUGAUGGAGCCCUAUUACUUUGUGGAGGUCCAGGCCCCUGCAGACUGUGUGUCUGCAGUGUACACUGUCCUCGCCCGGCGUAGAGGGCACGUGACACAGGAUGCCCCCAUCCCGGGCUCCCCUUUGUACACCAUCAAAGCUUUCAUCCCAGCCAUCGACUCGUUUGGGUUUGAGACAGACCUCCGGACGCACACACAGGGACAAGCCUUCUCUCUCUCUGUCUUCCACCACUGGCAGAUUGUGCCAGGCGAUCCUUUGGACAAGAGCAUUGUGAUCCGACCUCUGGAGCCCCAGCCCGCCCCUCACCUGGCCCGAGAGUUCAUGAUCAAGACCAGGCGCAGGAAGGGGCUGAGCGAAGACGUGAGCAUCAGCAAGUUCUUCGACGACCCCAUGUUGCUGGAGCUGGCCAAGCAGGACGUGGUUCUGAACUACCCCAUGUGAUCAUGCAGGUUCCUUUCCCCCGACCAGCAGCGCUCCCCAGGAAGGAC